AUGACGCUCAUGGCCAUCGUGCACGGCUUUGGAUUACUCACCUUAACCGUCCCGGAAAACGAUCUCACGGCGAACGGGUUCGACAACAGCACCGCGCGUACGCUCCUCGCGCUGUUUGCGUUCGAUGUCGUCGCGUACUGGCGCGUGCUCGGAAGCGAUCCCGGAUACGUGGACGCGAGCGAGGACGCGAACGACGACGCCGAGGACGGCGAGCGACGCGCGUGCGAAAAAUGCGCCGGCGCGCGCGUGCCGCUGCGAGCGAAACACUGUCACGUGUGCGAAAGAUGCGUGCGAAAAUUUGAUCAUCACUGCUUUUGGGUCGGGACGUGCGUGGGCGAGCGGAACCACGGACGGUUUUGGUGGUUUUUGUUGGCGCAGUCGUGCGUCGCGGCGCACGCGUGUUGGAUCGCGGUCACGGGCGUCGUGGGAGCGACGGUGAAUCACGCGACGUGGUUCGAUGUCUGGCGUGAUAACGCGUGGAGUGCGAUGGCGUGCGGAUACACGCAAAUGAUGACGCUGUUUGUGGGAUUUUUAUUCGUGUUUCACAGUUAUUUAUUGCUCAGCGGGCAGACGACGUGGGAGGUGAGCAGCGAGCAGCGGGUGACGUAUUUGCGGUCUUUACCGCGCGGGAGCAAGCCAUUUGACGAGGGUGCGAUCGAAAACGCGCGCACGGCGUGUUUUCCGAGAAAGAUUCCCAAAACUUGGCGCAUUCCGAGUGUAGAAACGUUGCAGGCUCGAGAAAACGAGCAAACCUUCUUCCAAAACGAUCACUAUAGCUGCUUCUAG